AUGAAUUCGUUAUUGUUUCCUUCGACUCGCCCCCCUUCCACACGCCCUCGUCGCCCGCAAUCUGGCGCCUGUGAGCGGUUCUCCCUGGUGGACAUUCUAACCGCGACGAACCACUGGGCACCGCAGUUGCUGGUGGGCGACGGGUACCGCGUCCUGUUCAAGGGCGUGGACCCGCGCGACGGCGUCACCCCGUGGCUCUUGAAGCGCUGCCGCACGCGGGAGUUUGAAGAAUUUUAUGCAGAGGUGAGGGGGGCCGUGCGGGGGAAGGGAAGGGGACGAAAGAGUGUGGUGUUGGAGAGCGGAGAGAGGAGGGAUGAUGGGGAGGGAAGGAGAGUGAAGCAGACAUGUGGGAAGCAGGUGGCGGAGAUGGGCAACAACAACCACCCCAACCUGGUGCGCCUGCUGGGGUACUGCGAUGAGCGCCACAGGCAGAGGCGGUGGGAGAAGGUGGUGGUGUAUGAAUACAUGACUGCUGGUAGCCUCCUCGACAAGUUUCAACCGGGUGGGUGA